GUUGCCCGAGUGCAUUCAUUUACGAGGUGCAGCUAAUAGGGAAAUUACAGCUGGAAAUGCAAGACUGUCUCCCAUGUGACCUUUCUGUAAGCAUGGGCGUGGAGUUCAGGGUACAGGUGCUCAAUGCUUGCGGAAUUAAUGAGAACGUUAAAGGGAAAUCUGUUUGGAGACAUUCUGCAAAGUUUGAAAAAUGCUAAAACUUUAUCCUUAACAUUCUAAACAAAGAAUUCUAGCUGUUGUUUAUCUUCAGGCUGUGAAACAGUGAAUACAAUAUAAAGAUCGUCAGUGCAAUGUCUAUCGGCAGAAGAAACUGGUCUGCUCUCUCCAGCCUUGCAAAACAGUGGUCCAUUGAGGAUGAGGAGGAACAAGAGAGGGAGAGACGACGUAAACAACGUAUGAACUCACUAACAGAUUCAGAGGAUAACAGUCUUAGCAAUGGACCUGAGGAAAACCAAAAGUAUACCGUGUUGGAAAGCCCUGAAGAGGAAGAGGCAGAAGAUCCUGAAAUUUCAAAGACUGAUGAUCAGAAAAGGAAGUUCAUUGAAAUACUGAAGAGUCGAGAUGAAAGGCGGCAAAAGCGGCAUAUAGAAGUCUUGCAAAAUCUCAAAAUGGAUCAUCAGAAUCACCAGAGAUGGCAACACGAUGAAGAUGAUGAGACUGCAGCAAAUCAGGAUCCAGAUGAGCAGAAACAGCAGCACAAAAAAAAUGUGGUGAAUUCAGUCCUGGAGAGAGAGGAGCAGCGAGAGCAGCGGAAAUGGCGAUGUGAUAGAAACAAUGCAGUAAAGCCACGCUCGGAGGAAGAGGGACAGCGACAGCAGCAAACAGUGAAGGACACCACAAAAACACAGGGACAAGAUGUGCAAGCCAUAGGAAAGAAUAAGUCUUUGAUGGAACAGCCUGACCUGAGUAAUAACAGCAACCACUCACAGAAGUAUUCAGCAGCCAAGGAUGUAGCACAUGAAACUGAAAAUCACUCAAAUACACCAGUGGAAGACUCACCAAAGGCACUUUCAACCAAAGUCUACCGCAGUUCCUUGAAAAUGCCCCUGGAGAGAAACUUAGACAACUGGAAAGAGAAUUCAAAGCAGGAAGAUAUCAGAGAUAGUGAUCUGGAAUUCAACCUUACAAACAAGAAAGAAUCAGAUAAAGAAGAGGAUUUGAAAUCUUCAGUGCAGGCAGCAAACUCCGGAUGUCCUGACCAACAGGCACAAUUAGGAGAUGCAAGAAGCCAUGUACCACAGAUGGAGACAGAGAAGCCACACGUGAUAACAUUUUCAGGAAUAUCCCAAAUAAAGGAGUCAGAGCCAAGUCCAUUAAUCCCAGAGGAGAAACAGACAAAUACAGAGACAGAUUCAUCUGAGUCAAGCAAGACUCCCUUCAUGCGGUCCACUCCCCGUGGUACAUCAUUCAGGCUCACAAGGAAAGUACCAACAGAAGCCAGCUUAAGGAGAAGUGCCAGUCUAAGGAUUCCAUCUUCUGCCCUUGGAGAGCGGCUUCAGAGAUACACCUCAGCAGCUCAGAAAUCAGAAAGUGUGAAGUCCCCCCUGUCACCAACCAAAGCAGUUUUCCUGCCAGAAGGAGUAGCUAGCAAGAGAAGCCUGUUUGAGAAAGCACAGAGAGACAAUGAAAGCAACACUGCUGGCCUCAGAAAGGAUACUCCCACAGGACAUGGAGGAUUACGUAGUCGUUUCAAGCAAUGGAGAAGCCAGUCUCCGGAAAGUGACAAAAGCAAAGCACCCAAGGAAAUUAUUACAGUGGAUGUCUCUUCAAAACGUAAUCUCUGGGAAAAGAGGUCAGCCUCUGGCACCAGUCCUUCUUCAUAGUUCCUCUGAUGAAGGCGGAUAAUAUCCAAAAUAAGGCUGAUGGCAGAAAUUACUUUAUCAGAAAAGAAAACAUGAGAUGACUUGGUAUGGAACAAAGCCAGGAAUGAAGUGGAGUAGAAUUGGCUUGAAAAGCAGAAAUCUAUAUUUUACGACAACAAACUUGCAAUACUCUAAAGUACUUUCAGCUGGGCACAUAAUGGGAAAUGGGUAAAGUUUGCAAUAGGUCUCCGUAAAUGCUGCUUUGCAAUGAGGCUAAAAUUUGCAUAAACCUUACCAAUAUCUUUUUUUGUAUUUUUCUAAGCAGUUUACUAUAAUAAAGUUGCACAUUGCACGCUUUUGAAAAGUAAGUUAUUUCUUGUCAAAGGCAAUGCAUCAACUCCCUUCUGUUGGCUAGUGACAUGGGGGCCCCUCCUCAAUAAUCAGUGAUAAACCAGGGUCCUUGUCUUCUGAAGGUUAUUCUACUAGGCCAUUGCCCAGCUCAUUCCUAAAUGACCAUUAGUUUCUAAUACAGAUGGAUCAGACCUUACCAAAUUACCAGCUGCAGCCCUACAAUCCCAUCUGACUAUUAACUAACUGAUGACAGCUCCAGUUUUUUUAACGCGGACAUAUACAUAAGAAUCAUGUGUGACAUUUUAUCAGAAUGAGACAAAAUUGAUGAGGCACAGUUCAGUGUUAGAGUUUGCAGAACUCCAUCACGUGACUAUCAAAUUAGGUAUCAAAAUGUUAAGAAAACUUUUUCUAUGGACUGCAAAGGAGAUCUUGAGGUCACUGGUAAUAGAAGUGAGAUGGAAGGCAUCUUUAACCUUUGCCUACCACUUCAUGAAGCCCCUUGCACAGGAUGCCUCUCAGCUAAUUAAACAGAAGAACAGUCUUGUAUAGCCAUGGUCUACAAGGGAUGUCAGCAGCCAUGGUACCAAUAUGAUCAGUGAUCACUAAAUGAGUCCAGCAAACAGCUGGGCAUAGAUGAGGGUCAGAGUUACUUAACUCAAACAAGAGUUGCUGUCACAUCACCAGUGACUAACCGAGACUCCAGUAAGCCUAGUAAUGAAUGCCAAGAAAGCAGUCAUCCUGACAAAAAAGCAUUAUAAUCAGCCUGAUGUGCCCAAACACGCCAAGACUACAUUAAAAGAAAAAAGAAACUCCCAGUCUUUCAAAUAGUGAUGCCUCUGGUCCACUAAACCAGAACAGAAAAUAACCUGGGCCUGCUAACCAGUGGUAUAGCGGGUUUUUGAAGCUAGGAUCACAGUUUCUUACUCUUUUUAUUAAUAAAAUUUGUUUAGCAUUUGGGGAGGGUUGCAUUUUAUAGCUGUGUCUGCAUCUUUAUUCCUUUUAAAACACAUUAUCAGCAAACAACUACAAGCAUUGCUACUAUAGGUACAUGUGCAAUCCAUGCACACUGUUGCACACAUACUAAAGCUUUUGAACUGCUGGGGUAGGCUGCAUUUUUUCUGACAAUGUCAUAGCUUAUAACCUUUCAUAUAUUAUGAUGGCAUAAAACAUACUUUCAAACUGUGUUCAUGCCAGGAUUUUUAUGAUUUGUAACAUUUUUGUCUAUAAAAAUAAAUGAUUGUUUUUUGUUUAAAA